AUGUCUAAACAGCUCACGGAAGCGGAUUAUACGAUCGGAUGGAUUUGUGCCUUGGAUGUAGAGCUGAGGGCAGCAACGGUCAUGCUGGACGAGAUACACAAAGGCCUCCCUGGAAAAAGGAACAUAUACACAUUAGGCGCGAUCGGAAAGCACAACAUUGUGGUUGCAUGUUUACCUUUGGGUAAGUAUGGCACAAAUUCAGCCGCGGCCGUUGGAACUCAAAUGUUGGAGCACUUCCAGUCCGUUCGAUUUGGCUUGCUGGUUGGGAUUGGUGGCGGGAUCUUCGAGAAAGGCAUCCGGCUGGGAGAUGUAGUGGUUGGGACACCUGAUGAUGUCUAUCCGGGGGUCGUACAAAGCGAUUUGGGUAAAGCAGAGAGCACGGGAUUCCGUCCGACUGGUGCACUGAAUACUCCACCCAAUAUCUUGCUCUCUGCGGCAGCCACGUUGAAUGCUCGCCGAGACCUCGGGUGGCCAAGGCUGGAGGAAUUCAUAAAAGGGGUGAGAAAGAAAGCGCCACGUUUGUCGAAGCUUUUCACCCCACCCGCAGAAAACUCUUCAUCGAUAUGGAGGGAACCGAGAGAGAAUUCCGUUGUCGAAGACGAAGGGCCCGAAAAUCAUAUCCCAAAGAUCCACUACGGCCUUAUCGCAUCAGGAAAUCAAGUGAUCAAAGACAGGAGCUUUCGCGAUGAAUUGAACAGAAGAUUCAACGACAAGAUACUGUGUGUUGAAAUGGAAGCGGCGGGCCUCUUGUAUAACUUUCCAUGUCUCGUAAUAAGGGGAAUAUGUGAUUAUGCGGACUCAACCAAGAACGAUACCUGGCGUGACUAUGCGGCAAUCGUCGCAGCGGGGUACGCCAAAGAGCUUUUACAGUACAUCAUGCCCCAGGAUGUGGAAUCAUCUGAAAGGAUAAGGGACGUACUUGACAAAAAUACGCAAGAAAAUGUCCGGCAAAUUCGAUCCGGACUCAAGGAUAUCCAAGAGAAACACGUGCUGGAUUGGAUUACCGACAUCGACUAUGGUCCCCAACACUACAGCAACCUGCAAACGCACCAAGCUGGCACCGGUCAGUGGAUCUUAGAAUCAAAGGAGUAUCAAAAAUGGUUGGAAACGAGCGGACAGGUUCUAUUUUGUCAGGGGAUUCCUGGGGCCGGAAAGACGAUUAUCGGCGCCGUCAUGAUCCAAGAUCUAUUCACGCGUUGUACCGUGAACGAACAAUAUGGUAUCGCAUACAUGUAUCUGUCUUAUAAUCAGCAGGACAGACUCAGCGGAGACGCGCCGGUAUUAAGUCUACUAAAGCAACUAAUUAGCCAGGCUCAAUCAAAGAACGAAGCAACAAACCUUUUCUUAAAACAUACCGAGAAGAAAACAAGACCCGCUUCCGAAGAGAUCUAUAAGGCCUUAUCCUCGACUUUCGCCCAAUUCUUGCGCGUGUUUAUCGUCAUCGAUGGCCUGGAUGAAUGCAGUACCUAUGAGUACCGCAUCAAACUACUUGACGUUCUUUUCCAACUUCAAACGCAGCAUAGAGCAAGCAUAUGUGUCACAUCCAGAUUCACUGAGAGUCUCACUGAGAAGUUCAAGGACUGCAUCAAUUUGAAAAUCCGUGCUCAAGAAGCAGAUGUGGCUGUAUAUAUCAACACCAAGCUCCAGUUUGCAUCAUCAGCGGUAAUACGAAAUAACUCAGCACUCAAAGAGAGAAUCAGGAUUGGAAUAGCUGGAAUAGUCGGUGAAAUGUUUCUUCUAGCUAAGCUGUACGUGGAGGCCAUCGAGUCAAGUACAACGGAGAAGAAAGUUGAUGACACACUUGCCGAAAUUCGCGCUGAGUAUGCAAGUCUCUCGGGGGAAAAAUAUGAGUUACUGUCUAGAGCAUAUAAUCGCAUAUUGGAAAGGAUUUGGAAUCAGAACCCCGAACAAUUGAGCCUGGCAAAACGAAUGCUUUCAUGGAUCAUCCACGCCAAAGGGCCACUGACCACGCGAGAGCUUUCCUAUGCUUUAGCCAUUCAGCCCUGGAGUUCUAGCAUUGAUAGUCGAUGUUAUCCACAUAUCGAAGAUAUGCUUUCUAUCUGUGCUGGCCUUGUCGUUGUUGAUCAAGAGAGCCAGGUUAUUCGACUGGUUCAUCACACUGCACAAGAAUUCUUGAAAACGAAAGAAACCCAGACAGGGUUAAUGCUUCCUGAUGGAGAACUGCUUAUAGCUGAGGCUUGCACGACAUACCUGUCCUUCCAAAAUUGUGACAGAAAUGAUCCUUUGUAUGCAUACGCUACCAAGAACUGGGGUCACCAUGCACGACAUGCUACUAUGUUGGUCACGGAGGUUGAAAAUUUUUUGUUGACAAUUCCACCGACGAUUAUCCAAGCCAUUAUGCAUGGGUGGGAGAAUUGGUGGGAGAAUUGGUGGGAGAAUGGGUGGGAUAAUGAGUCGAAUUUGAGUAUAACAUGGCCUCAUAAUGUCAUAACCGCACUACAUGUUGCUGCAGCUUAUGGCUUAAGCGAAGUGGCAGAACGUCUAGUAACACGUGAAGGAUCUACUGAUGGAAUAGAUUCAUUUGGCCGAACACCACUAAUUUGGGCAGCUACGCAGGGCCAUGAGGCAAUAUUCAAGAUUUUGAUCCAUACCAAGGGUGUUGAUGUUAACUUCAGGGACGAGUAUUGGGGUCGAACGCCUCUAUCCUGGGCUGUCAAAAAUGGGCAUCUCAACAUCGUCCGCACACUACUCGAGAAGGAUGCGCUUCCGAAUACAGCAGAUGCUCUAGGCCAAUCAACAAUGUCUUUGGCAGUGAAAAAUGGUAACGCUGAGAUUGUAGGUGUGUUACUACGAGGUGGUGCCACUGUUGUGUCCAAAAAUCUUUCAAAAUCACCCUUGUACCUGGCUAUACGCUACAACCAUGCAGAAGUCACGAAGUUACUGCUUGGUCAUGGUGCUCAACCAGAUUCAAUAGAUGGCCGUGGCCAAACACCGUCGUUUCAUGCAAUAACUCACGGGUUUCAUUAUGCCGUGGAAUUGUUACUGGAAAUUUCCUCCACCAAGCCAGACCACCGAGACAAACUUGGGAACACAGCACUUCAUUUGGCGGCAGAAUCUGGAGAUGUUGAGCUUGCACGGCGUCUGAUUCAGGCUGGGUGUGGUUACGAAACAAGAAACCUUCGUGAUCAGACACCUCUUUUUCGAGCUGUGCAAAGUGGUCAUGAGAAGGCUGUACAGCUUUUCUGUGACCUCAAGGCCAGUACCAACUUCAGAGUCAAGGGCGGACUCACACCACUCCAUGUUGCCGCGAAAACCGGACACAUUAAUAUUCUAAACCUUUUGCUCGCUCAUGGUGCUGAUCCUAACGCUGUGGACCAUUGCGGAAAUACACCGCUCCUAUGCGCAGCCAGCAAUGGAUGUGAAGGUUGCUUUGAUUCACUCCUGGAUGUCACGAGACUCAAUGACCAAGACUUUCAGACUCUCCUCGUGAAGGUGUGGCUCAAAGGACUACAAGGAAAUGAUAAGCAGGCGUCAGAAAUGCUUAAAAAACUGCACUUUGGCCCUCAAUUCUUUCAGGAUCAGGGCCUUCAUGUUCUUUUUCAGGCAGUCAGUCGCGGGCGUUCAGCAAUGAUAGACGUUCUUAUCGGACGAGGAUUCAGCAUAGCGGAUUACCGAGAUCGUAACGGAAGGAGUAUUCUAUCUCUUGCGGCCGCUCAUGGUCACUUGAAGAUGGUGGAAGUGCUUCUGCGAUGCCGUCAAUUCAAUCUCGACUGCAAAUAUACGCACAUCGCCGAGUCCCCACUUUGGGAAUCAAUCAAUAAUGGUCACCUUGAAAUAGUUCCAUUGCUUCUCAGUGAGGAGCAACUUGAGUUGAACUUUCCAAACCAAAUGGGCUUUAGUCCCCUUUUAUGGGCCUCUAGUGAGGGGAGAGAAGGCAUUGUGAGCUUGAUUCUGAAGCACGAGGGAGUAGACGUCAAUUUCACAGAUCAAAACGGUCAAACAUCGCUUCAUCAUGCAGCUAAAAACGGACACGACCAGGUCCCGAAACUUUUGCUCGCGUUCGAUGGUUUGUCAAUCAAUUCCAGUGAUGCCUGUGGCAGAACCCCUCUCUCCGUCGCGGCCGAAAAUGGACACGCCAACAUAGUGAACAUUUUGCUCCGUGAACGGCAUAUUGAUCCAGUUUCUGAAGACCCGAACGGCAAUGGUCCUUUGAUACUUGCCGUAAGAAACGGACAUGCGCAUCUCGUGGAGCUCCUCCUUGCAGACAUGAGAAUCCUCGAAGCCUAUCGGGUUCAGGAGAAGGCAAUGAAGCUCGCAAACGCGACAGCAAACACCACCUUGGCUGUUCUUGAAGUUUUUAUGCGCUCGGACUUAUGA